AUGCCAUCUUACCAGUCACCCGUCUUGCCGACAGACAGCACCGCCAAUCUCUCGAUUGCGCAGUUCAUGACGCAAUACAACCCGGACGAGGUACCGGCGGAUAAGAUUGUUCAUGUGGACACAAUCUCAAAACAGCCCAUUACAUAUGGCUCGCUUCGCCAAGAUGCUGCUCGUGCAGCCUGGGGUUUGCGGAACUGGGGACUCCAGCCGGGCAAUGUCUUGAUGGCCUUGGUUACCAACUCCAAUGACUUUGUGAUUCUAGCUCAUGCGACGUGGUGGGCGGGCGCCGUUUUUGCUCCUCUUAAUGUAUCAGCGACACAAAAGGAUAUUUCGCACUUGCUUCAGAUCGUCAAGCCAACUCACAUCGCCACCAUUGUGCCGAAGCUCGACGAUGUCCAAGCUGCAUUGGCUUCGAAUUCGAUGACCGAGACAAAGGUUUUGACGGUACUCAGCAAGGUGGAGAAUCUACCUCAAUUCCCAAAUGACAUUGUUGGCACAAAGGCCGAAGAAACUCUCCCACCCUUCGAUCUCCAAGGCAGAAGUUCCAAAGAUGUGCCUAGCGCCAUAUGUUUUUCUUCUGGAACAACUGGAAAAAUGAAGGGCGUGCAACUCUCUCAUUACAACAUUAUCAUGAAUGCUAUAAUGUUGCGGAUUUCAAUGCCAGCCCGAGUCAAUUACACUGUUCGCGAAGUGUUUUUUGCGCCCUAUUGCCAUAUAUAUGGCCUAUCCGUAUCAGUGGUAGUUGGCAUGUGGGUUGGGGCGCUCUAUUGCGGUCUUCCCGCAUUUGACCUCGAGACAUUUUGCAAAAAGUCGAGCGAGCUAAAGGUCACAGACCUACAUAUUGUUCCCCCUGUAGCCCUCGCCCUAGCUGCAUCGCCCGUUGCCCAAAAAUAUGACUUGUCUGCGUUGAAACGAAUUGUCAUCUCCGCUGCACCUUUAAAAAAAUCCGUGCAGCUUCUGCUCAAAAAGCGGCUUCCGCACACGAGUAUCUGCCAAGGUUAUGGACUCUCCGAGGCGACGGGAGGCGUCAUACACCAGAUAGAAGAAGAAGAGAGUGCUUUUGGAUGUGUUGGCAAGGUUCUUCCUGGAAUGGAGGUGCGCUUAGUAGACCCAAAGACAGGAUCCGACGUCACUUCCGGGAAAGAGGGCGAAUUAUGGAUCCGCGGACCGACAGUAAUGAUGUGCUAUGUUGCCGACAAAGCAGCGACAGAACAGACUUUCUCGGACGGAUGGCUCAAAACGGGAGACAUCCUGAGAGUGGACGAGCAUCAGAAUUUUUGGGUGACUGAUCGGCUUAAAGAGAUGAUCAAGUACAAGGGUUUCCAAGUUGCCCCGUCCGAACUCGAAGACAUACUCCUGCGACAUCCAGACGUAAUCGACGCUGCAGUCUGUGCUGUCUACAACGAUGCUCAAGCCACUGAAGUUCCUCUAGCUUAUGUGAGCCUAACUCCUGACAGGGCAGGGCUUACAGAUAGCGAGAAGCAGAAGGUCCUCGACGCUAUCAGGGUCUGGAUAGAUGACCAGCUGGCGGGUUAUAAGAGACUGAGAGGAGGUGUGUUCCACUUGCAGUCUUUGCCGAAGACGCCCACUGGGAAGAUUUUAAGGCGGCUCUUGCCUGUGAAGUUGAAGGAGGAGAGGGAAGCGAAGAUUUGA